AUGGCUGCAUCAUUCGCUUUCUUACGGGACGUCCGCCCUUACAAAACCGCAUGGAGGGUCCAGGUGAAAGUCCUUCACUCUUGGCGCCAAUAUACGAGCAUGACCGCUGAAACCUUAGAGUUGAUUGUUUCUGAUGACAAGGGUUGCAAGAUUCAUGCCUCAGUGAAAAAAGAUCUGGUGAACCACUAUGUCAAUAAUCUCCCUGUCGGUGAUUGGAGGUUUAUUGAGAACUUCCAACUCACCCAUGCCUCUGGGCAGUUUCGCCGUACAAACCAUCUUUAUAAGAUGGCAUUCAUCAACGGCACCGUCGUGACAAUGAGUGAUCCUGUCUCCGACUCGAACUUCUUGAGUUUGGCUAAGUUCUCAAAAAUACAGAGUGGAGACCUCAACCCAUCUAUGUUGAUUGAUGUGAUGGGUCAGAUCGUAAAUAUUGGUGAGAUAGAAACUAUUGAAGCUAAUAAUAAGCCAACUACGAAGAUUGACUUCGAACUGCGAGACGAGAUGGAUGACAUAAUGGCAUGUACUUUGUGGGGUGCAUUUGCAUCCCAAGUUUAUCGAGCAUGUGCUGAGUCAGACGGCUUUAUGGUUGUCUGUGUGCUUAAAUUUGCAAAAAUUAAGACUUAUAACGGUAACAAGAGUGAGGGUAAAGCUAGACUUAUGUGCACAAUAUACGCUAUUGACACAGAUUGGGCGUGGUAUUACUUCAGUUGUUGCAAUUGUAACAAAAAGGUUACUCCAAUUCAUCAAGGAUCCAGUGCUAAUAGCACUACGAAGGCCAAACCAAAGCUUUGGUGCGAUGUUUGCAAAAUUGUUGUAACCAGAGUAGUUGCAAAUAUUGCUCAAGAUAUUAUUGGUGCACACGCUUAUGUUGUUCUUGGUGACUCAUUUAAUGAGAUUGAAAACCAUGAUGAUGUUCCUGAUCAAAUAAAGGGAUUGGUUGGCAAAACCUUUCUUUUCUUAUUGACGGUGGGAAAAGAAAACAUAUGGGGCGGUAAGGAUUCGUACAAAGUGUCUAAAGUCCUUCAAAUGAAUGGCUUAAUUACCGAGGAAAUGUCUGAAGAAUCUCUUGACAUGGUGAAUCCGGCAGCCAUCGUUUCCGGAGAUCAGCUGCUCUUAACCUAUAGCCAAGAGACAAACACUACAAGAAAACAUAGGAUAUUCCAACAACUGAUAUAG